AUGGCGUCUUGCAAGCACACUCAGCUCUGGCUCGACGUCUCAGCGCAUGCCAAAGAAGCUGGAUAUACGCAGCAGUCCUCCCAGCAAAGACUGGCAGCUACGCAGGCUUCGGGGCGAUGUUCAAAAGACAAAGCAAGCUCGCGGGGAGUCCGAGAUGCUAUGAGUGCAACGACUUUCCGACCGCCUUUGGUCUUGCCUGGAGAUGAACUUGCAUGGGACCCGAAGUGCUCACCUCAAAGCUUCCGCUCAUGGAAGCAGGAGAAGAACCGAAAUGCUGUGACCAACCGGCGUCGAAACGUCUACGUGACAGCGCCUCCUACUUUAGGUAAAGACAGGGGAUGUUUCAAGCCUGACACGAAUCUGAAGCCGAUGCCUCGUCCGAAGCUGCAGUUGCCUACAACCACUGACGUUAUCGACUAUUUACAAUCCUUCUAUCAUGGAAUGCCGGUAAAAGUACUUGAUCCACCAAAAUCAGAGCUUGUGCCCUGGUACGUGGGAGAAGGAUCGAAGGACAAGUCCACACGCAUCGGCCUGAACGUUAGCGGAGAGUUUGUAACUAUUCGUGUGCGCUGGACUGACUUGUUCGCCGUGCAACUUAAUCUAAACGACUUGCUUGACGCUGCAAUCUCCAUUCUACCAAACGACGCAUAUGCACUUCUAAUGAUGGUCGACCACGAUCUGUAUGAAGAUGAGGAAGAUGACUUUUGUUGUGGCCGUGCUUACGGCGGAAGCAGAGUGGCUGUUGUGUCGACAGCUCGAUACAAUCCCAGACUGGAUGAGACGCACGGUGUAGAUCGAGAGCACGCCUGGUCAGCUUCACACUGUAGAGCAUAUGUCGGGGAUUGUUGUGCUCCAGAUCGAAAGAAGAGCAAGAAACGCAAAUUGAACGAGCUGGAGGGCCCUGUGCCAGCCGACAACCCGAUGAGUAGUGCUUUGGCAGCACACAUAGCUUGCAAAACGAAGAAGGAUAAGAUCGCACAAAAAGCUGAACUCGAAACACUUUGGCUUGGUCGUGUCUGCAAGACUGCUUCCCAUGAAUUGGGUCAUUGCUUCGGUAUAGGUCAUUGUACUUACUAUGCUUGCGUGAUGCAAGGAACCGCCGGACUACCAGAAGACGCGAGGCAGCCGCCAUAUCUAUGCCCGAUAGACACGGCGAAGCUUCUGCAUGCAACUGGAGCUAAGGAAGCGGACUGGAUUAGAGCCGUGAUGCGAUUUUGUUACAAGUUUCCGGAAGAUCGAUUGUUUCGCGCCUUUGCGGCAUGGCUAGCAAACAUCAUGUCGACUCAAUUUCUCUUGACCGGCGUCACAGGCGGCCUGGGAGCCAGAGUUCUGAAUGACAUGCUGCACAUCCACCAUGUACCGCCUGCGAACAUCAUUGCAACCUCACGCUCGGGAAGGAACAGACAGCGAUUCGAAGCUCUAGGUGUCAAAUUCCGAGUUGCAGAUUACGGUCAUCCCGACACGCUCCAUACUGCAUUCGAGGGAGCGGAGAACCUACUAUUCGUGUCUAGCUCCGAACGAGAUACGCCGAAGCGCAACAGCGAGCAUGAAAAUGUUGUUGCUGCAGCGAAGCAGAAAGGCGUCGGUAGAGUGUGGUACGUGAGCCUGGCUCUCGGAGGUUUUGGUAGUGGCAGCAUGGUCGGUUUCCAGCAGGCACACUAUCAGACGGAGGAAAUGCUCAAGCAGUCCGGCAUCAACUUCGUCUCCCUGCGAGCAGGUGUCUACACGGAUGCUUUCCCCUUGUUCCUGAACUGGUAUCCAUCCUCGGUAGAGGCCCUGCUUCCGAGGCUGACACCAUCUGUUGAGAGUGGUCGAGUAGCAUGGACUUCUCGUGAUGAGCUUGGCGAGGGGAUUGCUACUCUUUUGGCCAAAGGCUUGGACGCCUUUCCUUCUAUCAAGCCACAAACCGACAGGAACCUGAUAUUACUUACCGGCCCGGUCGCUGAGUCUCAUGUGGCCUUGGUGGACGCCAUUAAUCGUGCUCGAGGGACAGAUAUACCAAUUCAGUGGUUGGAGACGCAAAACUGGGUCGAGGCUUCUGCCAAGGAUGAUAUUUGUGGGAAGCCUGCGGCCUGGUUCCAGGCGAGAGUGAUCUGGUUCCAAGGUAUUUGUGAUGGCGACGCCGCAACUGUGGAUAUUGCUUUGCAAACAUUGCUUGGCAGGAGGCCAGCGUCAGGUCCAGAGACGUUGCAAAGGCUGCUCAAAAAAGACGGCGAUUAUACUUGGCACCAGAAUCACAUGAGUGUCGGCAAGUAG